CAAGUGGCCUUUCCCGCCAUCUAUUUCUUUCACACAUUCUCUCUUUCUAUCAAUCAAGUUUCUCUCUCUUUCUCUCUCGCUCUCUCUCACUCUCUCACAGCUUCUCUUUCUUCUCCUGCAAUGGCGAAGACUAGAAGCACUGGGAAGCGCGCAAAAGCAGAUGAGGAACAGAAGAACGAUGGCCUCGAAGUCAUCUCGAUCGGUUCCCUCUACACUGGACCCUGGGACAAGAAGUACUGGAGCAGCUCUAGGGGUAAAGAUCGAUAUCCAUAUCCAGUUGGUUAUGAAGCUGUUAGAGUACAUAAUGGGACCACAUAUAAGAUGGAAAUUCAUGAAGGCGUGAACGGGCCUAAAUUUUUGAUUUCUUCCGAUGACGGAAGUUCAUCUUCUGGGAAAACACCGGAAUUUGCGUGGGAGGAAUUUCAGAAAAAAGGUUGUCCCCGCAAUUUGCACGGGAAGAGGCUUUCGUCUAAAAUGGAUGGCUUGGAGCUUUUUGGGUUCAAAAAUCCAUUUAUCCAGAGGUUGCUUCGUGAACUGGUGGCAGAUAUAAAUGGAAUAGCAGAACAGAGCUUGGUAUCCUCGAACUUCUGUACUAAGGUUUCUAGAAUGGAGGAUAAUGAUUGCUGCCCAAAUGAAGGCACAUAUCCUGAUUUGUUACUUAGCCAGGGAAGAUCACAUGUUGCAGGAAAGAGAGGUAGAUAUGAAAUUCAAAAUAAAAAGGUAAAUGGGGUAGCUAAACCUCAGUUUCUAGAAGUCACAUGCACCAGAGCUUCACAUGUAAAGUAUGAGAAGAGUCUUGGUCAGGGUAGUUCUACAACCCACUAUGAUUCAGAAGAAGAGAAUGCUGUCCACAAUCCAAUUGUUGUAUCACCUUCACUGCAAACGAUUUCCUCUGUUGACAAAAGAAGUAAUUUCAGUUCAUCUGAAAAAGGGCUGAUAUUGAAUCCUAUUGACAUCUCUGAUGAUAAAAAAGGGGGCGCUGUACCUUCAGAGAUACCGACUGGGUUUCUCUACCCUGCUAAUUGUAACAAUACAGAAAUAACUGAAAACUUGUCCGCAGAAAAACCUCUUCAUAGGUCACAUGAUGAGUUGAAAAUGUCUAGUUUCUUGGAGACAUCAAAUAAGAAACUGGUGAACUCAUGUUUGGAAGAGUCUCGGGGUUGUAUUGACAUUGAUCUUUGUGCUCCUGAUACUUUAGAUGUGCAAGAAAAUACCUCUGAUUUCUCCCCAAGUAUAGUUUAUAAGAAUGGUUGCGAGGUCACCUCUGAAGAUUUGUUAAAUACAGAACAUGAAGAAGUGCUCAAAUGUAAUUCAAAUCUUGGCUCUGAGAAAAGUGAUUUUGAAUCAGCUGGCCAGGAUGUGGCAAAGUCAAUGAUGUCACUUUUGCUUCCUCAAGCAGUUCCUUUACUAAGGAAUGCUUCAACAGAUAAGGAAUUUACCAUUAUCCCUUCCGAUAUAUUGCCCUCUAGGUUAAACUCAAUGGAAAAACAAAUUGAAGUUGGAUAUGUUUUGGAUGUACCAGCAUCUGAUGCAAUGGUGACAGAGGAUGCAUAUGGGGAACAAGGGGAAAAGGUACAUGUGCAAAAUACAGAGCUAUAUUCAAAUACUCCUAUUACUGAAAAUAUGAAGUCAAUUGUUCUUGAUAGUUUUGAGUAUAGUCAAUGUGAGGAUCUUAAAACAAACCUAGAAUUCCUAUCACCUGAUAUUGCUGAAGUGGAUAGAUCUAAAUUCAAAAAAGAAAUUUGUACUCUGAGAAGUCAAGAUAAGCCUCCUGGUUGUGAUUUGCCAAAUAAAUCAUCCUCAUGCGAUGCUUCGGAGUUGAGCGUCAAACACAGGCCUCAUAAUUGUGAUGAAUUUCUUGAGACUGUUUUGGACAUACCUCUGGAGGAUAGGUUAAUUUCUGAAAGAAGCAAUGGUGCUUGCUCAGUAUUGAAAGAAAAUCCAGGGCAUAUUGGUUUUGAUUCUACGCAAAAUGACCUGUCAAGUGCUCAGAAUUGUCCUGCAGGUAAUAGUAAUGCAUUUUCAGGGGUAAAAACAAUAAGCUGUAAUUUAAAAAGCAUCGAAAUCCUUGCAGAAAAGACACAAGAUGGAGUUGUGGGUAAACCAGGCAAUGCUGAAACAAUGAUUAUGUCUUCUUCUCAGUUACCAAAUUUAGUAUACACCAGAAGAAAGAUCCGAAAUACUGUUCGCCUCCAGGGAAAUUGUUCAGUUGUUGAAAGUACGGAAUGUGACAAAAUUGAUAUUGUUACUCCUGAAAUGCAUGCUGGCAAAGGUUUACUUUUAGAUACAUCUCAAAUUCAUGUCGAUGUUCUGGGUGGACCUAGAAACCUAGUGGAAUUAAACACGACAUCAUCUCAGAAUCCAAACCUGUUCGCCUGUCAAAGUUUGUGCUCAGGGGCUAAGGAGGUUGGAUUUAUUUCAGAACCAAUUCCCUGUGGAAACCCGGAGCUCAAGAAUAAUCUGAGCAGCAAUAUAAAGUUUGUGGGAUGCUACUUACACCCAAUGCCUGUUUUAUCAAUAUUUUUAUGCACAAGAGGUGAUGAAAUCCAUAUUUGUGUUUUAUGUGGCCUUCCAAUGGAUCAGUACAGGACCCUGUUUACUUAUAAGGUAAAUAUUAAGGAACCAAAUUUAGGGCGCCCUUCUAUUAUGGCUCACACCUCAAUAUUGUUGCCAGAUCCAAAACAUAAAUGCAUAGCAGAAAAUAUGGUGGAAAGAUCUGGGGUGCAGUUGACUCCUGAUGGGCAGCAUGUUAUCUUAAUAGGCAGCAUAAAAACCCCCAGUUGCAGGGAAAGAAAAUUUGAUUGUUAUUGCGCAACAUGUACAUCAGUCAGCACUGAGAAGAAUGCUCUGAAGAUUGUCCGAGUAGAACAUGGUUAUGUAUCAGUUGAAGCAACACUGAUAGGUGAUGACAAUGUACAUUGUAUAUUGGUUUGUGAACCUAACCGACUUGUCUCUGUUGGAGAGAGUGGGAGAUUGCAAGUGUGGGUCAUGAAUUCAACAUGGAGUAAAAAAAUGAAGUGCUUUAUUAUUCCGGCUGAUAGCUCCAUAUCCCCUGGCAUUGUGGAAUUGAAGAGGGUUCCAAAGUGUGCUCAUUUGGUUGUUGGUCAUAGUAUUUCUGGGGAAUUUAGUUUAUGGGACAUUGCAAACCUCAAUUGUGUUUCGAGCAUCUCUGCUUCAAAACAUCCAGUUAAUGAAUUCUUUCCAAUAAGCCUGUUUGAUUGGCAAUCAAAAGGCUCAGGAUUCAGCUGUGCUAGCAUAGAGGAGAAGGCUGAUGAACUGUUAGAAGCAACCAAUUUGUGGCACUCUGACCAAAGAGAGACCUUUUCUUUUCUACCAGAGGAAGAUGUUGCUAUGUGGCUUCUUGUCUCAACUUCCUCUGACCUUGGUUAUUCGCAUAGUCAUGUUUCAACUUCAAAUCAUUGUGAUAUACCUACAGCUAGAAGUUGGAGGCUUGCUCUUUUGGUGAAAAAUAGCAUGGUUUUCGGAAGUCCCUUGGAUCCUAGGACAACUGGUAUGGGUGUCUCCGGUGAUUAUGGAAUCAUCACUACAAGUGAUGGAGUGGUGUAUAUGUGUGAAUUGUCAAGAGGAUCCAAGCUUUAUAUGCUGCAUCGUUUCCAAGAUGGCAUGAAAUCUCUAGUGAAGUCAAACCACCGUGGAAAGCUCUGGCGAAGCCCAAUGACUGUGACUGUGACCCACUUGUGUGAGCAAUGUGAGAUGGCAGUGCUACUUGCGUUGCUACCGAUAAUUCAAGAGGUGCUUUGGGAGUGGCCGGUAGUGGAGGCCAAUUGUUGCUUUAUCUACACCAUGGUGAACCGGACUCAAAUUAACAAGCACAUAUGCAUCAUCGUGUCUAUUCUCGAUCUAUAAAACAAUCUUGUACGUAAACUGUUGUUACCUAUAUAGUCAAUUCACUGAUACUUGUUUAGAACAUUCAUAUAUACGAACUUCAAAUAGUGUUUCAUAUCA